CAUGGGAUCGUUGGCUUAAAAAGAAAGCAAAUGGUUGCUACAGCAGAAAAGAUGAAAUUUUGACUAUAUUGCUUGGUCAAAAACUUGUGAAGAGGAGAUAAAAGCCACACAAGUGUUAGAGUUUUCAGAAUUCUGGAAACUUGAAAGUUUUUCUAAAUUAAAACAUUAUAUUGAAACGUAUUGGUUGCCAAUAAAGAAGAAGUGGAUCUGCUGCUACAGACAAAAUCGUCUACUAAUCAGUUGUAACACAAACAAUGGUGUCGAGAGGCAAAAUGCAUCUUUUAAAUAUUCCCAUUUAAAAAGAUACAAUAGUUCUUCUAUGACUGGAAUGUUGACCUUAUUUACCGAGGAAUUUUUCACUGAUAAACUAGAAAGUUACACUGACUUCAACUUCAAAAUGGAUGCCCGAUACAAAAGAUAUGCUUGUUGGGUGCCAAAAUAUCUCUACAAUCGCCCGCACAGUUUUGUUAAGCAUUGCUUAAAGCAAAAGUCCACCGCUGAUUGCAUGGAUUUAAACAAAGUAGUUAUUAAAUCUGGUAUUUUUUCAGUAUCUAGUACCUUUAAUACUUCAGUUUAAUAUUUUAUAUCAUUCGGUGAUGAGAUCAGUAUGCCAAAAUGUACCUGUGUUGAUUGGCUAUCAACAGCUUACUUAUGCAAACACUUUUUUGUUGUAUUCCGGAAGUAUCCUGCAUGGUCGUGGAAUGCAUUGUCUAUUCUUUAUUGGAAUUCUCCAUACUUGAAUAUAGAUUCCGAAAAUUAUGAAAUAGAGCAUGAAAAAACAGCUUUUAAAAUUCAAGGCAUUGUUGCCUCUAAUACAAGAACAGACUGUCAAUGUCAAUCAGAAACAGUCAUAUAAAAAUACUCAACCCAUUUAUUCUGGUGUAGAUGUAAGGGAGAUGUUAAAUACAGUGAAAAAUUUAUCAUUUGAGUUUGAUGAAAACUCCUUUGAAAUCAUGCUACUGCACAAAACUCUUUCUUCACUUAUUGAAAAGUUGAACAAAGGAAGAGUAAAAGAAUCAGGUAUUGCUGUUCGCCGGUUAAAUGAUAAAUCAAGUAAUUCAUUAAUGAGACACAUCCAAAUACCUAUUCGGAAACCAAUAAAACUUCCAUUUAAACGUGUUGGAUCUAGAAAAGAUGAGGCUAUAGCUGCUUCAAAAAUAUUUAUUACAGAAGAAGUUUACCUAACCGACACAUUUAAAUUAGAAAUAGUUGAAAAAUCCAUUGACAAUAAUAGAUCAAUGGAGGAAGAGGUAAUUUUUCUUUCCGAUAACGAUGAAGAAUGUUUUGAAGCAAAUGUAGUUUAUAAGACUAAUCUUUCUGCUGAAGAUUUGAAUGAUAUUAAAACCAACCAGAUGUUAUCAGACACAGUGAUCCAUUCUGUCCAAAAUAUGAUUAGUGGUGUUAGUGGCCUACGGGAUCCAGUUUUGGGUCAAAAUUUAUCAUUUCAUGCAAUCAAAGAAUCUUUUGUUCAGGUUUUGCAUGAUGGUGAUGCACAUUGGCUAACAGUUAGUACUUUUAGGUGUUCUGAUGGUGAGGUGUGCCUGUUAGACAGCAUGUUUCAUGGUAAAGUCAAAAAUCAUGUCAUCAGGCAAAUUUGUGCAAUAAUGCAGUGUACCAAGGACAUUUUAACUGUACGAGUUUUACCUGUACAGCAACAAGCAAAUACUAUAGAUUGUGGCUUGUUUGCAUUGGCAUUUGCGAAGCACAUUGCUUUUACUGGUUUGAAUCCAUGUUAUAUUGGAUUUGAAGAUGUUGAUAUGCGAAAGCAUUUACUUCAAAGUAUUUCGGGAAACCACCUAAAUGAAUUUCCGAAAACUUCAAAAAAAACAAUGUUUUGUAAAGAAAAGAAAUUUGUAUUUAAUCUAUAUUGCAUUUGCAGACAAGUAUGAACAGCUUCAGAUAAAUUUAUAAAAGAUAGGCAUAUGGUACAGUGUGAAAAAUGUGAAUGCUGGUUUCAUCGUACAUGUGAAAAUAUACUAGAAUAUGUGUUGGCACAUGAGAGUGCUGAAUGGUUUUGUUCGAAGUGCUCAAUAA